AUGGACAAAGUGCAGAAAGCGUACCGCGGCUGCGCAGCGCCACAGGCGCCGGCAACGACUGCAAACACCAGCUCGUUAGCUUCUUCCGUUGAGAAAACCAGCUCAGCUUCUUCUCCUUCUUCACCCAGAAUCGCGCUGUCGUUUUCGAUCGUACCGGACGAGCCUCGCUGGGUGAUGUCCGGACGUCCAGGACAUUUCGUACCACUAUGGACCUUCUCAAAGCUUGACAUCGCUUGUUUUGCUGCCGGCAUUGCACUGACGGAAUGUAUGCUUCGCUGGGCACCAAAACAUGUCAAGGGGUCGAAGGAUGACUAA